GGAUACACACAUAUACGUAUACCCCAUGCAGUUUGUUAAUAUAGACGGCAUACGCAUACGUUGGUGGAAGGACUACCGGAGCAAAUUCAUCACCUACAUAGGUGCUUACUUAUAGCCAGGAUUCUCUACAUAGCUUGUUUACAUCACAAGUCACAAGACGCAAAUUCCGUCACAUCUGGAUCUCCCACCUUCCUCAUGCCCUAUUCAGUCUAUCUUACGCGACCUUUUUCGUUCAUUUCAUCAUCUCGUCUAUCCCACGCUUUCUAAUCUCUUUCGCGCCUUCCUACCCAAACAGUGCGUAUCUUCUGCAAGCAGGUAACACACUUUGAUUCCAGGCACGUAUCAAUAACUAUUGGUUUAUAUGCCAACGAAUAACCUGAGCUGUUCAUCUUUCUCCAUCACACCCUUAAGGAUAUUAUCUGCCUCUUGCACCUUUACUUCUGCAAGCCUUCUUAUAUUGACAUCGAUAAACCAACUCUAACGCAGGUCGUCACCAUGCCGAAGAACGGGACAACUUGGUCGUUUGAGGUCUACCGCGACGUUUCAAGAGCUGUCUGGGAAGUCGCCAAGUUGACGCCGGAGCAAAAGGAGCAAAUUGCAGAAAAGCUUCGUGAGAUGGGCCACGGAAUGACUGCAAACGGAAUGAGACAGCACUUCCAGAAGAUGAUCAGAGAUGAAAAGGUGGUGUGUCAGGGGGCCGCUAGUCCCGACGCCUCUCCUGAUGCCAAUCAGCCUAAUACCAAGAAAAAGGCAACUGCCGCCCCCGCUCGUCGCGGCCGCGGCGCCGGCACCAAACGUAAGACUAAGAUACCAGUUGACUACGACGAGGACGAUGAAGAGCAGAAGACUCCUAAGAAACGAUCCAAGAACCAAAGUAUCUCUAUGAAAUUCGAGGACGAUGAUAUGCCCUCGCCUUCUCAGGAUGACAAAGAUUCGGGUGAGUCUACAGCUCAGCUCGAAAAACAGGAACCCAUGACUUUCCUUCCUUGGUUCCUCUUCGGCUGCCUCUACUCGCGAAGAUGAUGAUGCUAAUCAACCACCUUUACCAGACAAUUUUGACGAUUUCGAGACUUGAACUAAUUUCCAACUUAUCACGAGUGAAAAGACUGUCCUCGUUUGCUACCUAAAUAUCACGACCGCCUCCUAUUUAAGAUGAAGACUGAGAGCUGGGUCCUUUGCAUGAACGAGAGCUUUGCGUUCAUCUAAUUUCCGCGUUGUGUCCACAUCGUCAUCUACGUUGAGGUGUCUCAGGCUUUACAUUCAUAAGAGUUACCGCGGCCCACAGAUGUGAUAUUGACCAGUGAUUUUCAUGCGGGUUAUUCCGAAGAGUUCGAUGAUGGUGGACGCGAAGUAGACGCGAAUUGAUACUUGAGUCAGCUAGUUAGGUACCCAGUUUAACUGCUAUCCAGGUUAGUCGACAGUAUCA